AUGCAGAAGGAAGUGGAGACUUCUGGGAGCACUGGAAAGGUGGAGCAGGAAAGGGACAAACCAAGUUGGGGCUCCCGCAGUUACAAUGUGGGGGCCGCCUCUGGUUUCCUCGCCACGCUCGCCACCUUCCCAAUCUACAAGACCAUCUUCCGCCAACAGCUCCAUGCCUUUUCUAUCCAGGAGGCCGUUCGCCAGCUGAGCCAGGAGGGCCUACGCAGAUUCUACCGGGGAGUCUUCCCCCCGCUUCUUUCCAAGACGGUGCAGGGCACCCUGAUGUUUGGCACAUACGAAAGUUGCCUCCACGUUCUCUCCAGUGGGUCUUCUAGGACUCCCUCCCUGGGAGACCGGUACACAGCAGGACUCGUGUCUGGCAUUUUGGAAGCCUUGGUGCUGUGUCCCUUUGAGAGGAUCCAAAAUGUUCUUCAGGACGGACGGAAGAACAAGAGGUUCCCAACAACCCGCAGCAUUCUGCAGGAGUUCCACUCCUAUGCACCGAGGGAGAUGCUGGUGCUGGGCUACUACCGUGGCCUAGGUCUCAUCCUGGUUCGUAAUGGCCUAGGGAGCUCCCUGUAUUUCUCCUUGAAGGAUCCCGUCCGGGACAGCCUCUCUGAAAGGGGCUUGCCCCGCUGGCUCCCUGCCCUGGUGUCUGGCAGUGUAAAUGGCACGGUGAUUUGCCUUUUUCUGUAUCCUCUCAGUGUUCUUAUUGCCAAUGUGCAAUCUCAGGUGGGGAAACAGGAGAUGUUCCCUUUCCAGGCCUCAGUGACAGCUGUCUGGGAAAACCAUGGGAGGAGAGUGGCCUUGCUUUACAGGGGUGGGUCCCUGCUUAUUCUCAGGUCAUGCCUAACAUGGGGUCUCACCACAGCCAUUUAUGACUUCCUCCAGCAGAACACAGUCUAG